AAAUAGUUUUAGUCCAAAAAUUUUAAAUAUGAAUCACAAUCAAAUGAAUAUGCACGUACCAAUGAACCAAGUUGCUGGAGCUCCAAAUGUAGCCAUGCAAAUGCCUGUACCAGGACCCAUAAUGCAACAGCAAUCUCCUCAACAAAUGCAACCUGCACCAGUGCCUCAACAAACACAACAAGAUAAAAUGGACAAUAUAUCUAAAGUGAAGUCUUUAAUGGGAUCCUUACGCGAAUCUAUACCGAUGACACUUAAGUCUGCAGCCCAAAUAUUACACCAAAAUCACAAUGCAGACUCCAAUACACAAAAAGGUAUGGAUAAUCCUGUUCCUAGAUUUGAAAAAAACUUAGAAGAGUUUUUCUCAAUCUGUGAUCAAAUGGAACUACAUUUGCGAACAGCAACAACGUGUAUCCAGCAAGCGCAAUCAGCCGCCCAUUAUCUGCCGCUCUCGGUGAUAGCCUCAAGACUCGACUCUGGACCUACCACGCAGGAAACGACAUUAAGCUAUCCGCAAUAUUUGAAGACAGUUGGCCUCCAAAUCUCAUACGCGAAAGAUAUUCACGACACAUUGGUCGCGGCUGCUCAGAAUAUAUCACCGACCGAAUGAAAAUGAACCUUAUCCACAUAAGUUUAAAGAAUAAAGAAUAAAUUAUUAUUUGUAAUUUAUAAAAAAAAAAAA